AUGCUCUCUGCAGCUGAUAUACACGCCUUUGUUCGCGACGAGCGCGCCUGGAAGCGUGCAGCGCAGAAACCGGGUGGCGAUGAACCCUUUGCUGCUGGCAUGAUCUGCAGCAAAGAGAGCAACUGGCUUGUCUUCCGCCGUGGGUCCAGCGACAACGCGUUUUCCUUGAAGUUCUCCAACGCCCUUCGCACUUCCGCGCUCACCGACAGCCUUGACACGGUCGCUCUGGCCAGCACCCAUUCCACGAUGCCGCGCCAGCGUUGGAACAGCAGCGCGCGCUGCGACUCAGAAGACGUGUACGCAGAUCCCUUGCAGCAGCUCCUCAUACGCAACCUGCGGAGGAAAGGAGUUGCAGCCAUGCUGAACAAGAGGAGAGUGUCACAGAUUGCACGCCCGUCCUACAUCAGCCAUGCUGACCGAGAGGCGCGUCGCCGAAGCGACCUCGCGCGUGCGGCACAGGAGCUGAUAGAUCUGGAGCGGUACGAGCGCCACCAGCUGGUGGCGAUGGCGAGGAAUCGCUUUAACACUAUGGCGUCCGCAUUCUUCAAGGCCGCCGUCAAGGAUAUGGUCGCAUGUGAGCUUAGCGGGCGAAGAGCGCUUUUCCGCGAAUGGCAGGAGUCUCAGCGCGACAUGGCAGCAUCCAUGGACCGUGAGUUCUCAAAGCUCACACCAUUGACACCGCACGAGUUUAAGGCAGUCUGCCGCCUCAUCCGUUCCGAGGCCAUCAUGCGCAGGCGGCUUCAGGCGACCGAAGCGCAGGACCGAGAUUUGUACGCGUGUUUCAUGCACCUCGGGCGUCUCAAGGCGCUGGGGAAGGCGUUGAACGAGUGCCCUCGGCGUGACGUGCUGCAUGAGGCCGCUGCCGUGCUCGCCCUUGCGCAGAAAGACAGGGUUCAACACGUCGACGCAGCACGCGCCCGCAGGCUCCCGUGCGACGGCCGUAGCUUGCGUCAACGGAAAAAGGCUUUGAUUGCGGCCGAGGAGGCGUAG